AUGGCGGAAAGCUCCCUGCCCAAGGAUUUGAAGAAGGGUAAAGCUAUAGCCCUCAGGCAGGAUCCUAGAGUGGAGCCUGAGGAGCAAGUGCCCUUCUCUACAAGGAUACUCAAGGAAAAACUACCCAAGGGGUACAAGCCUCCUGCUAUCGAAAAAUAUGAUGGUAGCCAAGACCUGGAGGAUCAUCUCCACAAGUUUAGGAACGCUACACUGUUGCAUCAGUACAUCGAUGCUAUCAAGUGCCGAGUGUUCUUGAACACUCUAUCUGGCUCGACACAGAAAUGGUUUGAUGGAUUGCCAAACGGGUCCAUCACCUGUUUUCAUGAUUUCAAGACUAUCUUCCUGCGCCACUUCACUAGCAGCAGGAAGUACCAAAAGAUGGAUCACUGUCUCUUCGCUCUCAAGCAAGGGCCAACCGAGCUCUUGAGGAGUUAUAUCAGGCACUUCAAUCAGAUAGCUCAGGAUGUUCCAUCCGCUACCUCCGAAAUAUUAAUGAGCGUCUUCUCCCACGGAUUGGUAGAGGGAGAGUUCUUUCGAGAUCUCAUUCAAGAUCCUGUAAAGAACUUCGAUGAAAUGCCGGGGAGGGCCUUUAGUUACAUCAACGUGGAGGAAUCUCAAGCGGCUUGGCAGAAAGCAGACAAGGCGCCUGCUUCCACCAACAAACUAGAGAAGAGGUCACCUAAACCGCCAACCCAACCUCUUCCGCGAGUCCGGGUGUCAGACCGAACUUUCCACCCGGUCAGGAUCCCCGGUCGGCCCAACUCGUGGCUGUCGUCCAUGCACCGCGGCCUGGUCACUGGGGCCCUCGUUACUUUCGCUCGUGACUCCCGGCGCGUAGCCGAGUUGGGCCUUCCCCCACCUGAACUCGCACCUAAGCUUCAACGGUUGGUGGAUAGCCAACAGGUUGCCGUAGGUCUGGCAGGUAAACCCUGGCCUGAUAAUGCUGGGCAGGGAAGUAAGUAG